GGUGUUCUAGUUUCGACUGGAGUUAUUUGGCGAACGCGCCAGCACACAAGCUAACAAGCAUUGCGAAGCGCUCUCCUUGCACCAAAACCCGGACACCCGGCCCUGCCGCUGCUCUCGUUGCCGCAACGCUCGUACGUGGGCUGAGGCAGCGAGGCCGGGGAAAAGGAGGCGAGAAGCCGCGAGGAGGACCCGGGACGAGGGCGACUCUGAGGCGGGGCGCCCGGGCCCCGGCCGAGGUAGGCCUGGCGAAGCGGGCCUGGCAGGCCCCGCCGCACACAACAUGGCGGCGAGGAAGGGAGGGAGGCGAGCGGAGCGGCGCGGCGCCGCCAUCUUGGGGAGGUCGGCGGCCGGCCGGUUCUCGCGAGACUUGCCCGGCAGCUCCCGCUCUCGCCGCCGCCGCCGCCGCUCCGUGUGAGGCGCGGGCCGGUAAUGGCGGCCGGCCGGCGGCGCUGAGGCACCGCGCGACGGCGGGCAGCGGAGCCGAGCUCGGGGCGCCGCCCGCUCCCGCCGCCCUUCCCUCCGCUCCCGCGGCAUGCCCCGGGACCUGCCCCCGCGGCGGCGGGCGUCGAUCAGCAGCCGCCGUCGCCAGAGAAAUUGACAUGAUGUGGACCAACAAGUCAAAUGAGGUGCCUCUACAAAGUCCAAGGCAUAACCAAGCCAAGGAUUCUACCAGAGAUCCAACUGCAGCAUGGGCUACUUUUUCUCAGACUAAGGCUGCUCUACGUCAUAUAGAGAACAAGUUGGAAAUAGCUCCCACCAGCACAGCUGUGUUUGAUUCUGUCAUGGAUGCCAAGAAGCCCUCUGCUAGCGCAAGCAGGAAAAUAAGCAGAAAGGCUUCCCGGUCCUCCAGCCAAACUAAAUCAAGCAAGGAGAAGUCCUCACGCAGCCCUCUUCGAGCGACAACCCUUGAAAGCAAUGUGAAGAAAAGCAACCGUGUGGAAUUUCGUGAACCGUUGGCUUCAUACAGCAGGGAUCCAUACAUUUCUCUGUCGUAUCACGGUUCCAGCCAAUUGGAGGCCAAGCAACUUCUGUCUAGUUUGGACUUCAGCGAAGCAGAAGGGAAGACUGAAGUAACGGGCCGUAUGAUACAUGACAGAGAUGAACGAGAUCUACACAGCAGAGAUUUUGAAAGCCCGUCAUCUUCUGCUGCAGAUGAGACUGUCGUUAGGUAUUUGAAUGACCGACCAGCAAUUGAUGCUUUGCAAAAUGGGGCAUUUCUUAAAGCUGCCACACCUCCAAGAUUGGAAGAGGAAAAAACUAGUGGCUCCAGAGGAGAUGAGUGUAGCACUAAAACUCCUCUGAGUAACACGUCCCAGGACAGUGAACUGAAAGCGUCUUCCCCUUCUACCAUGAGUACUUCUAGUGCUCAUAGGCUGGAAAUCUUGAAACGGCGGCAGCAUGAUGCUAAGUUGGAGAAGCUGAAGGAGCGGAUUCGAAAGCAGUGGGAGCAUUCUGAAGAGCUGGGUGGCAGAGGACAACACUCAGGAUAUGCUGAGCAACCCGUAGUGAUCACAAAUGUGGAGAAUGCUGUUACUCCCAAAGUGAGGAAAGUGGCAGCUGCACCUGCUGCUCCAGCAUACAAAGGUUUCAAUCCUGCUGAAACAAAGAUUCGCACUCCAGAUGGGAAGAUCUGGCAUGAGGAAGAAUUUCACAUUAGUCGGGAGCUGUAUAGAGAUAUAGCACUCCAGUUAACAGAGGAUUCAACAAUGAAAGAAAAACCUUGUGAGAGAAACAAAGAGAGAAAAGCAACCAGACCAGUGCGGAAAGUUCAAAAACUGACGCGGUCGGCAAGUCCAGAGUCCAAACAAGGUGGAAACUAUGUAAUAAGUGCAUCUUCCUGGCGGGAGGGACAAAAGCUAGUAAAAAAGAUACUGGGUCCAGCUCCCAGAAUAGAACAGGACAGAAGAGCUGUGUCUAGUGACAGAACAGGACGAGAGAGAGCUGCGAAGUCUGGCCGUAUUGGAAGGACAGGUUCAGAUUCUAGACUGGAUGUUACACGGAAAACCUCUUCAAGAAGUUCUGAACGAUCAAGGAGUAAAGUACGGUCUGAGAAUAAUUUGAAGAAACUGGAAUCUGCUCUUCCAGAUGAUAACCAAGAUGAUCAUACCUCUGUAAAUAAAGACUUCCUGCCCUUGGAGAUCCGUGGAAUUCUCGAUGACUUGCAGUUGGAUUCCAUGACUACAAAACAAGAAAAAAAUGUGGAAAAGCAGAAUCAGAAGUCUGUUUUGCCUGCUCAAAAUGUUAGGAGCCACAGUCCAACCAAAAGGAAACCAGACAAGGUAGCUGCUAGUGAGGAGCCUCAAGUGAUCUCUAAGAAACGUCACUAUGAUACAGAUGAGGUUCGUCAGUACAUCAUCAGGCAGCAAGAGGAGCGGAAGAAGAAGCAGAAUGAAGAGAAGAAAGCACAAAAGGAGGCAACAGAACAGAAGAACAAAAGGCUCCAAGAACUCUACAGAAAGCAGAAGGAAGCUUUUACUAAAGUCAAGAAUGUGCCUCCUCCUGAGCCUUCAGCAGCCAAACGGUUACAGGAAACUUACUCUAAGAUAUUGCUGGAACAUACGUUUUUAGAAGAGCCAUCUCAGCUGCCUACAGUGCAGGAAUCACAGCCCAAACCUGGUUAUCAGCCAUCUGGGGAAUCUGACAAAGAAAACAAGGCUCAAGAACGUCCUCCUAGUGCAUCUUCAAGUAGUGACAUGUCACUGUCAGAACCGCAGCAGCCACUACUGAGAAGUGACUUGAUGGAGCCUCCCUGGGUACAGCCAGACAGGUUGAGCCCAAGAGUCCAGCUCUCGCACCCACAAGGUCUCACGGGCUCAAGUGGAGGCCCUUGCUCCCAGCACUGGACUCUGGAGCAGAUGGGCCUUUUGUCAAAGGAAUGUGAUGCAGUGUUGGCAGGCAGGAGGAGCCACGCUACACCCGUGGGCUCGCUCACCUUGAUGUCUCAGCCAUACAUGAAUUCACCUCCUGCACAGCAAAAUCUCUUAGGAAAACCUACUGCUAACCAAUAUAGGAGCAAAUUAGAUCGGAUUGAGGCUUUGAAAGCUACAGCUGCUUCCCUUUCUAGCCGAAUUGAGAGUGAAGCCAAAAAGUUGGCUGGGGCUGGUAUCAAUUAUGGCACCAUGUGGAACUCAGACCAUGAAUUUAUGCAAGAAAACCAGGACGAUGGACGGUGGGCAAAGGCUGUGAGUCCUCCUGUGAGAGAGGAAAAUGAAGAUGCUUUUUCAGCCAGAAUCCAAAAAAUGCUGGGUACCUGUAUGUCUCAUACAGCCUUUGAUGACAACCUUCCUGGGGUAGGCAACCUUAGUGAAUUUAAAAAGCUCCCUGAGACAAUCAGGCCUCAUACUGCCGCAGUCAGCCUUGGAAUGAGGUCCCCUGCCGGUCACCGGCAUGAGGGGCUACUGGGACAUUUGUCCAAGAGACAGACCGACUCCCUGGGCCGUGAAAACCAGGCUUAUGGGCAGAACAAAGCUGUAAUUCCUCAAGAGUCCAGCAUAGACUCCAUCAGCGAAGGGCCCCUCCUGAGUGAUGGAAGCCUCUCUGAGGAGGAGGGAGGCCAGCACAAACAGCUGCCGCUUAAGAUGCUGGAGGCAUUGAAAGAGACGGAUUUCUGUGUUCGGGAGAGAAAUGCUUUUGAACCCAUAAAAGAAUUUCAGAAAGAAGCUGAGAAGUAUUUGCCGCUUUACACUCAAACAAGUGGCAUGCACAGCAAGGGGCCGUGGGAAGAACUAGCAAAGGGAAGCCCGCACAGUGUCAUCAACAUCUUUGCGAAAAGCUAUCAGCUUCAUGGAAAGGUGUUUGAUGAAAGGUCAAAUGGAGGCUCUUCCCUUCUGCGCCCUUUGCUGCCUGCCAUGAGCCCCCCAGAAAGUGUUGUUUCUUAUGAAGAUGAUUUUGCCUCAUCGCAGGGAAGUGGCACUUUAACAGACAAAAAGAUUGCACGUGACCUCAGCGUUGCUGGCAGCAGUAAUUCAAGCAUUCAGGAAGAACUUCCUAGUAGAAAGUCUCCCCAUGAAUCUCGAUCUGUAGAGCUUGCUUCUCAGCAUUCAUCUGGACCAAGAUCUGCAGCAUCUUCUCGUUCAUCUGCUUCCUCUAAAAAGAGGGGGAAAAAGGAGCGGUUGGAAGCUUACCAUGGAAGUUCUCACCACUUUCCGGAAGAAGAUAAAAUGCCAUCUGAAUUAGAGCGGGGAUCCCAACAAGCAAAGAAGUCCUUAUCGAGUAGUAGAAUUUCUAAUAAGGACCAUGAGCAGAACCCAGAUACAGACAGCACAUUAGAAAAUUUAUCUGGACAUUCCCUGCUGAGUUUCUCAGACAAGGGAAGAUCCCAGAAGACACCAACUUCUUCCCCAUCUCCAGGUUCCCAAAAAUUGUUGCAGUUUGAUUCUAUAGGCAAUACAGCAGAAAGAGCCAAGUCACCUGCUGGCUUUUCUGGAAGUGCAGCAUCGGGGCUGAAGCCUAACCUAGCCUUCUCUGACUUGAGUCUGGGAACUAGUAGGCCUGCAGCAGGAGCAGCCUCAGCAAGUGGAUGUAUGCGCUUCUCCCCUGCUGGUCUUCAGCACCGUUUGUCGGCAGAAUUGAACUACCUUAGUGCCAUCGAGGAGUCUGUCCGACAGCUUUCAGACGUAGAACGUGUACGAGGCAUAUCACUUGCCCAGCAGGAGAGCGUUUCUUUGGCUCAGAUUCUAAAGGCACAGCAGCAGCGCCAUGAAAGGGACUUAGCCCUUUUGAAAAUCAAAGCUGAACAAGAAGCUUUAGAAAGUCAGAGACAACUGGAAGAGGCAAGGCAGAAGGCAGCUCAGGUAAUGCUGCCCUUCAAAAAAUGUGGAGUGUGUAAGAGGCAAAAUGCUGUCCAUGCAGAGUCACUACAACAUCUUGUCCAGUCACGGCAGGAGGCUGUAGAUGUGCUGCAAGAGCCCACGUGCAAGGUUGUAGCCAAGCAGGCAGAAACUGCACUUCUCACUACAGAUGCAGCUCACCGUGAGAUGAUAGAGUUAGCUCGAACUCAGAUCUCAGACACUGUAAGUGCUCCAGCUGCUCCAGUCACUACGUUAUUUGACCACCAACGGCAGCAUCACUCAGAGUUCGUGAAACAACUGAGAGCCCGAACUGAUACAAACAGGAAAUGUGAAUCUGGUGCCAUGUCACAAGGUAAAGAGGAGAUGGGUGACUCCAAACAGACUUACUCACCAGUGUUUGAUAGUUACUCAGAAUCCUCAAGAUCAAAGGUUCAUGAUCGGAGUAGUACCAGCAGCCGCCAAGAGAGUCCUUCCGUUCCAUCUUCUAAGGAGAACGAGAAAAAACUUUCCCGUCGUGAAAAGAUAACUAGCAGUAUUGAAGAGCAGGCUCAUACUGGUGUGGAUGAUUCCUUGCCGAGUGAUAGUAUUUUAUCACUGCCAGAUGAAAAAGAUUCCGCUUCAGUUGCAACAGAGUAUUCCCUGAAGUUUGAUGAGUCCAUGACAGAGGAUGAGAUUGAAGAGAAGUCUUUUCGGUCUUUGCUGCCCUCAGAGAGUCAUCGUAGAAUUAACUUGGAGAAGAAACGGGGUAGUCGUGAUGAUUCUGAUGAGGAAGUCUCCCCAGAAAAAACAGCUCUGUCGUCUAUCAAGGAGCUAAGCAUGCCAUUCUCAGGGGGACAAGAUAGUUUCUCUAAAUUUACCAUGGAGAUGGUAAGGCAGUACAUGAAAGAGGAGGAAAUGCGAGCAGCUCAUCAGUCCUCACUACUUCGGCUCCGGGAGAAGGCUCUGAAAGAGAAGACAAAAGCUGAAUUAGCUUGGCUGGAACAUCAGAAGAAGCAUUUGCGAGACAAGGGAGAGGAUGAUAAGAUGCCCCCUAUUCGAAAGAGGCAGCGUGGUCUGCUGCUGAGAUUACAGCAGGAAAAGGCAGAAAUUAAGCGUCUUCAAGAGGCUAACAAGGCUGCUCGGAAGGAGAGACAGCUGAUCCUUAAACAGCAAGCGGAGAUAGAACGAAUCCGUCAGACUACAAUGAAACUGCAGGAAAAAUUAAAAUCUGCAGGAGAAAACAAGCUGGAACUUCACAGUGAGGAUGACCUCAAACAGAGCAAUGGUUCUAGCCCACUUCCAACUGAUGCAGAAACACGCAGCCCUUCCCCAAUCUCAAUCUCCAGCAGUGAGACUAGUAGCAUCAUGCAGAAACUUAAAAAAAUGCGCAGCAGAAUGGACGAAAAGUUCCUAACUAAGCGCGAACAGAAGCUGAUGCAGCGUCGACAACAUGCUGAAGAAUUGCUGGAGUGGAAACGCCGCCUAGAUGCAGAGGAAGCCGAAAUACGACGGAUAGAAAAGCAGGCUCUGGCUGCCUGGGACAAAGAGUUGCUUAAAAACAAAGUAGCCAAGAAAGAACUGGGGGAUCAGAGAACUGAGCCCAAAGAAACAGCCAGUGAAGAAGAGUCUCCAGUGCCUUCUUGCUCUCGUCUGAACAGUGAAAGCUCUGUCCCAGAAGAUCUUGGCAGUCCAGCUGCUGAGUCUGUCCCAUCAGAGACUAUGGGCCAUGGACAGCCAGAAAGCCCAGAUCAGAGUACGAUUAAUGAAGAAAUGAUUUAUUCUGAGGAGUUCAAGUCCUCUACCACACCUGGCAAACUUUCUCCUCCCAAAAGCAUAUCUGUAUCAAAGCAAGAUUCCAGCAAAGGCAGCCACAGAACUGGAGGACAGCUGCGUUCACCUGUGAAGUCUCAUCAGAUAUCUCACAAUUGGUCUGAUGAAUCUUUAUCUAUGACACAGUCAGAAACCACAUCUGAUCAAAGUGAUAUUGAAGGACGGAUCAGGGCCCUGAAGGAUGAACUACGGAAAAGGAAGGCAGUGGUUUACCAGCUGAAAAAGGAACAGAAGAAGAGGCAAAAGGAGAGACUGAAAGCCCAGGAGGCCAGUUUGAUCAAACAGCUGGAGUCAUAUGAUGAGUUUAUCAAGAAGACUGAAGCAGAGCUGAGCCAAGAUCUGGAGUUAUCACCCACAGCCAAACCUCAGAUUAAAACUCUAUCUUCAGCUGCUGCUGAAAAACCUAAGAUCAAGGCACCACCACUCCAUAGGCCGGAAACAGCUAAAAACUGGAAAUCACUGACUGAAUCAGAGCGAUCCAGAGCAUCUUUGGAAUCCAUUGCAGAGUAUGCAGAUGCUGUGUCAUCAAGAACCGAGAGAUCUGCGUCUGUGCACACCAAGAAGGUGACAGAUGUUCAUGCAGAAGAACCUUCCAGAAAAUCUUCCUCAGGUUUAAUGUCACCAAGGAGUUCCAGAGCAGGAUCCGGUGAUUCCUUAGAUCAUGUGCCCUCCUCAGCUCUUCUCAAAGACAUAAAAGACAUUAGUAGGGACAUUAGUAGGAUAUCCCAUGGAUCAACAAGCAUUGCAAUAAAUGUAUCCAAUGAGGAGGCUGUCUUCAGUCAUAAAUCUGAGAUACCAGAAGACUUGGAAUAUAUAAAAUCAGAAGAAUACGAGAUUGAAGAUUCUUAUGUUAAAUCUUUGGAAAGUUCUGAUGUGUUGUUGACAUUAGAUAAAGAACAGGAGAGUUCAUUGGACGUUAUUCCAGAGAAAGUCCUCCAUUCUGCAAAUGAACGCUCUCUAAAGGAACCUUUUGGUUUGUCUGUGGAAAGCCUUCAUGGUAAGGAAGAAGUCUUAAAACAGAGACUGGCAGACAAAGAUGCUGUAACUGUCCCAAACGUAGAAGAGUCUUACUGCAAAUUGAGCAAAUCAGCAGAGGAAAAAGAUGAUCUGCUUUCAGAACACCCGUUUAGUCAAAAAGAGCCAUCAUAUGUUGAAGACUUUGAAGGAUCCUCCUCCAGGAAACAGGCAUCAAUUGAAGAAACACUUGCUGUGGAACAUUACAAAGAUGACUUCGAAGUGUCCCUUCUCUCCCCUAAAGGGGACACUCACUCACUGAGAGAGCAGUCACAGCACACAGAAACCAACAGAAGCAGAUCCACGAGCCUUGGCAGUGAUGGCGAAAUCAGUGAAUACCUCAGUGACAAAUCUCUUUCUCUCUCCAGCAGCAAGCAUUCGGAGAGAUUGUUGGAGCUUAGGUCUCCAACAGAACUUAUGAAAAAUACUGAACGUAUUGAUGUGGAGAAAGAACAGGCUCCUGCUCAGCCACCACCAUGGGCCUCUGCUUCAGUCACAGAAGAAACAGAUAAUUUGUCAAACUUCAGCGUUGGUGAUAGGGUACUUGUGAGUAAAGUCCAACCUGGAACACUGCGAUUCAAAGGUCUGACUAAAUUUGCCAAAGGGUUUUGGGCUGGUGUGGAGUUGGAUAAACCUGAAGGGAACAAUAAUGGAACUUAUGAUGGUAUUAAAUAUUUUGAUUGCAAAGAAAGGCAUGGUAUUUUUGCUCCUCCUCAAAAAAUCUCUCACAUUGCAGAAAGUGUUGAUAACCAUUUAGACACGAAUAAGGAUGAAGAUUCGUUCUUUGAUGACAGACUGGAGAAGCAACACAAAGCUGAGCGGAAAGGCAAAGGAAGUUCCAAAUCUGGCAAAGAAGAUGAAAGGCAGAGCAGAAGUGCAACAAAGAACUCUUCCCAGGAUAAAGCUCCUGCAGGUGCAGCUGUUUCAGAAGCCUCAGCUGGAGAAAACAUUGAUGAGGACUCAUCUUCCAAAGCAAAGAGCAUAAAGGAGAUUUCUGUAGCUACUGAAUCACUUGCCCCAGAACAGUCUGUGGUGGCUUAUCUGAAGCAUGCUAUAAAAGAGGAGGCCAACCUUCCUCCUCCCAUUUCUGGUGUGAUGGACAAGAUUUCCACCGUUCAGUUAGAUGACAUCUCUGAUUUCCUUUCUGAAAAACUGGAGAGACAGAAAACACUGGGAGAAGAGUGUUCUGAAAAGUUAGAUGAUCUCUCUCCUGGAGUUGUGGAGAAGCCUGCAACUCCACUUCUGGAUUUGCUGGCAAAAGAGAAGAACCAAUUAGAAGCCCAGCUUAGACUACCAUUUAGAGAAGAAGAAAAGUCGAAAGACCAACUGGAAAAGGUCAGUUUGCUGACGGACAGUCUGCUUAAAGAUUUUGUGAAAGACACAGUCAGUCAGUUACAGCAAAUAAAGAAGGUCAGGAAUGAGAAAAUCCAGCUCAGCAACCAGGAACUCUGUGAUGUGAGGGAGGAAUCCAAUCCCCCAUCUCAGCAAGCAGAAAAGCAGAUUCCUGAUGGACUGAAUAAUUUUUUUCUAAGCUCGGACUUGGAAGAUGAAAGAGAAGAACUUUCCUCUCCAGACAUGUGUCCCAGACCAGAGAGUCCAGUGUUCGGUGCGAGCGGUCAGGAGGAGCUUGCCAAGAGGCUGGCUGAGCUGGAGCUCAAUCGGGAGUUCCUGAGCGUGCUGGGAGAUGAUCAAGACUGGUUUGAUGAGGACUAUGGCCUUAGUUCCCGUAAGGUCCAGCAGAAGCAAGCUGAGGAACCAGCAGUGCUGCCCAAGGUAGAAGCACAGAAAGUUCCAACAAAGCCGUGUGAGGAGCCUUUGGCAGUCCCUCAUACUGCAGUGGAGGUGGAAGGUAUGGUGCAUGCAGCAGCCGAGGAACUCUGGAAACUGAAAGAGCUGGGUCAUGAUCUUCAAAACUUCAGCCUUCACACUGAUCUUAGUGGUGCCAUUAAAGAGCAGGACACGGACACGAUAAACAAACAGGUCUAUAAAAAGGUGGUAUUUGAUUUAACAAGAGAGAUCUUUGGAGAAAUCUUCGCUGAGGAUCCUAAUCUAAAUCAGCCUAUUUGGAUGAAACCAUGUAGGAUCACAUCUGCUUACUUUCGCCGAGUAAAAGAUCCAAAUGAUCUGGAUGAAAUCAAGAGCUUCAUUGCAGCUGAAGUACUGAAGUUGUUCAGCCUGAGGAAAGAACCUAAUCACAAAACAGACUGGCAGAAGAUGAUGAAAUUUGGGCGGAAGAAACGAGAUAGAGUGGAUCAUAUAUUGGUGCAGGAACUUCAUGAGGAAGAAGCACAGUGGGUGAACUACGAUGAGGAUGAACUGUGUGUAAAGAUGCAGUUGGCAGACGGGAUCUUCGAGGCCUUAAUCAGAGACACUGUUGAUGUACUGAACCAGAUAAAUGAGAAACAGCGGAGAUUACUGCUUGUCUGACAGAGCUGAAAAUAAACUUGACGCUGCGUAACCACUGAGUCAUGGGCCUUUCUGACUCCCAACGUACUCUCCACCCUGCGAGCACUGCUGCUGGACUUCCACGCGUGGGUUUUAAAGGCAGUACAGAUGUGAUUACAGCAACCUGAACUUGCAUCCUCUGCCGCUAGAGACCUUGCACCGGAUUUGUUGCUUGGAACAAGCUGAUCCUCACUAGAGGCUGCAUUGUGGAGUGCUCAGACUGUUUGCGUGCCGAUGCAGUUAUGCCACAUAGCUGUGAGCAGCUGUCCGUGGCCUCUGCCUGGGCCUUUGACAUGCAGCCUGUGUUCUGAAAGGGUUGGGUUAAGUUGGGAUAUUGGCUGUUUUGCUGGAAUGGCUCUCAGCCAUCAGUACUCGAGUUGUCUUUAGAAAUGUGAGUAAUUUGCAGAAGAAAUGGUUUGGUCAGGUUUUAGUCAUAACUGAAUAUUUACCAUACUGAACAGUGUUAAAACCUUAACACCUCUUCUCCUGCAGCCCUAACAAUGUGCAUCAGUUUCUUCUGCUCCGGAGCCCAGUUAAUUCCAUUUUCUGUGAAGCUGGUUUUCGUCUUUCUUCCCAGGAUGUGGUACCAGAUAUGGUGCCAGUCAGUCCAGGGAAAUUAGGUGAUGUUGAUUUUUGCAUUCAAGUAAAGAAUUCUUACUGCUUUUCCGAUGUUAACAUGCUUCAAUCCAGAGGUGGAGCAAGAUAAAGGCCGCCUCAUGCCAAACAUGAAAGAUGAGCCCGUGGACAACUUUCCUCCUACCGUGUAGCACUUCUUCACUUCCUGGAGCACCAGCUGCUCCUAGAUAACGGAUACUCAGGAUUCUCUCAGGCACGAGACAUGCAGGAGUGGAAAAUGUUUCCUUGCAAAAAUUUGGCCUUCACACCCUCAGCUUUCUCCCUUCUUGUCACCUAAUAAAUCGGAGAAGCAAUUACUUGAACAAUUUAGAGAACAGAGUGUAUUCACCAAAGAAAGCAGUGCUUGACUGUCUGCAUGUUUUGUGCUUGUGGCUUUUUUUUUAAUUUAUUUUCAGAUAAUUUAUUAAGUGGGUUAUAGGAGAGUGUCCUGUGCAGUUGGUUGUGCUAUCUUGUAUUUUGAGACAGCCAAACUUGAGAAAGCGUCUGUUCUGGAAACUGCCGGUGUCUGUAUUCUUCACACAAAACCUCCAGCUCCUCGAGGCAGAUACAGGAAGGAUGAGAGGAACCAAACCUCAGUGACUGGGGUGGGAAGCAAGGGUAUAGCUAGGAACGGAGCUUCUCUGCACCUGAUUCAGAGACAAGGGAGAGUUGAGGGGACCGAGCUGAAAAACGAUGUGAAACUUCCCUGCUCCGUCUGUUUCCUUCCUUUCCCAGAACUUCUAGGCCAUGGGCAGCUGUUACCUGGUUCACUCGGUGCCGGGUUGAACCACAGUGUCCUUCUGCCGAGUUCUCUUUCCUAAUCUGUCCCUCCCAUUCUGGUGUUUCUCUUGGAUGAACACAGACAAUCUGGGGUCGAACGUUGAUGCCUUAAUAGUGGAUGUCCCUGUUUGUUAACCUGGGACAAGAUGCAGAGGAGAGUCAGGUUCUCCAGACACAUUGGAGUGCAGGGAGAUGCUUCGAAGCCCUCUUGGAGGUCCCCCGAAGAUGCUGCUGCCCACGAUAGGCAUGGGGGGAGAUACCUGCUGCUUCUUUCAUCUGCUUGGUUCUUGGGCUUCUUAGUACGCCUCUCUCUGCUACUGCUCCAUGAGGGUUUUUCUUUUCCUUUUUUUUUUUUUUGGUUUUGUUUUGGAAAGCUAUCAUUGGAAUAUUUGCAUUUUGCACAACGACACGUGGCUGGUAAUUCUUCAGGGACAGCACUGGGAAGUGUUGGAUUUAUCAGAGGUCCAAGCAGACUCUCAGAUGUAGUAUUGCCAGCACCUCACUUGCGAGUUAAUGGUGAGCCAUAUUCAUGGAAGCUUAGUAAGUGGAAGAAGGAGGAGGAGAUAACGCUCUAAUAGGAACACCUCCAGCAGGGCAUAUGCACGUCUGUCCUGCAGUAGCAGCCUUUCUGGCUGGCUGGAAGUCAAAUGGUCUUGGCAGAGCAACGUUCAGCCUUUUUCCUUAAGUGAUUCAUUUGUCCGCCUAAGGUGUCAUGAUGCUGAACUGUGAAAUUCUCGGAUGCUUAAAAUAGAAGCAAACUAAAGCUGCUGCAUUUAACCAGCCUGGUGUCACUGCUUGGGUCACUGCCUCAGAUUCCCUUUCCUGGGUGUAUCUUUUUCAAUAGAGACGAUUGUUAUUUUUAUAGGUAGCAAUUACGAAAAGAAGGUAGAAACCCGCAGCGCAGGUUGGAGGCUGGAGUAUCAGAGGAGCGCAGUUAGCUUCUGUCCCGUAGAUGGUGUGGCCGGCACUGAGGAGGGUGCUGCGCAUCACGGAGGCUUUUCAGCUGCCCUGUGGGGCUGGUGGGGCUUUUCUGUACAGCCACCAGCAGGGAGGAGGCUGCACAGUUGGCCUGCCAGAAUACCAGGGACCAUUGGAGAUGAUGUGCCUGUUGUCUCGCUGGUUUAGAUCAGCAGUAGUUUCGCACCCUCUACAGAAGUUGUUUUUACGGCUGUUCGGGCAGAAGAAAACUGUGUAAGUAAUGGCUUUAUUCCUUUGCAAACAUCACCGUUUAUUUUUUGGUAGCAAUCCUCGACAGGAGCAACCCUAAAAAGACUUGAAUAUACGUGAAUUACCUUCUCAGUACCUCAAGUGUGUUGAGUUGCUUUGAGUUGAGUGUAUGCUCAAUAGCUCGAGUGCGUUGAGUUACUUUGGGACUGAUGAUUACUGCGAUGAAGCAAUGGUCUGUCUGGGUCGUGUCUGAUAACAAGGAGGUGGGGGGAUUCUGGAGUCUUAACAGCAGAGGCCAAGUUCUGUAUUUCUCUCUUCUCCCCAACCUUCCCACUAAAAGAACAAGAUGAUACUACUGGGUCCUGGUUAUCUUGGUGCCAACACCGUUAGAAGUUUCAAGGCUGCGAGAUUUUUCUGAGACCUGUGAGCUCUUUGAGGCAGUGGCCAAUGUCACUGUGGAGAUGCGAUUCCCUUUUCGGAAGGAUCUCAGUGCCGGGUGGGAAAGCCCAGGCUCGUGAGGACCAGGAGCGUGAGUACCUCUCGCAGCAGGAUGCUUCCUGAGCUGAGCUGCGGCAAAUCAGCACUUCUGCCUUUCAGAAGAGGCUCGCUGCUCACGAGGUAGAAUUGAGGGAUUGGAAAAAUCCCGUCUUGUUCACUUUCCUUUCUUGAAAAAGUGGCCUUAGCUUUUUGCAAUACUUGAAUAAGUGUGUACCUGCAGAAGAUCUUCAGUAGCACAGUGAUAGAGACCUUUUAAGUGACUAUUCUGCACGGAACUGAGCGCAGUUCUGACUUUCAUAUCCCGUUGCUACCUUAAGACUAUUAGGAAAAUAAAGUACUUUUCAGCAGAGAAACAGUUGAAUCUUACAAGGUAUUUAGUGCAUCUGAAGUGUUUACAAAUCAACUAAAAUGGAGAAAAGCAAACUAUUGAACUUAUUUGUAAUUUAAACGUUAAAUGCAAAGAUAUAUACAGAUGAAAGAGGAAUACUGUAAUUAACCUGCAUUUAAUAGUUUUUUUUCCUUGACUUUGCAGAGCCUUUUGAUACACAUUUGCAAAGCCGCCUUCUGGGAGGCUCCGUCUCCUGAUGUACUGUGUUGUGGAGAUACUAAAAAGAAACCUGUUUACUGUGUAUGUGUAAAUAACCUGGUAACUUGGUUUUUGGGCCAGUUUCAGCAGAUGUUCACAUCCAGAGCAGCUUUGCACAGUAGACAGACCCAAGGAUGUGGAGGGGUUUUUGUAAUUAAGAACUGUAAAAUAACCAGGGGGGUCCCUGUGUACACCAGUGUAAAUAUCUUUCGUAACUGAAAUGUACUUUAAGAGAACAAAAUCUGUAAAUAAACUGAUUUAUAAAUU